GUAAAAGCUGGAGAAGUGAGCGGCGCACAGCGAGAGGCUUCCAGAGCAGCAAGAUGUCUCUGUACCGCAACUCCGCCUGGUUCCUGAAGGGAGUGACUGAGUUCACCAGGAAUGCCUUCUUAUCAGCGUCUAAGCGGUUUGUGGAGAAGGACCUGGAGGUGUCUGUGGCUGGACGUUCCUUUAUGAUAACAGGAGCCAACAGUGGCAUCGGAAAAGCCACUGCCAUGGCCAUCGCCAAGAGAGGUGGAACGAUCCACAUGGUGUGCAGGAAUAAGGACAAAGCUGAGGAGGCAAGGGCUGAUAUUGUCAAGGAGACUGGAAAUAAAGAGGUCUAUGUUCAUAUCCUCGACCUGUCUGAGACCAGGAAGGUCUGGGAGUUUGCUGAGGGCUUUAAGAGGAAGUACAAGUCUCUCAAUGUACUGAUCAAUAAUGCGGGUGCCAUCAUGAGCCAGAGGGAUCUGAAUGCAGAGGGGCUUGAGAAAAGCUUUGCUACUAAUGUCCUGGGGGUUUACAUUCUCACCAAGAGUCUCAUUCCACUGCUGGAGAAGAGUGCGGACCCCAGAGUGAUCACAGUGUCAUCGGGUGGAAUGCUGGUGCAGAAGCUCAGGACAGGAAACCUGCAGUCUGAGAGAGGCCGCUACGACGGCACCAUGGUCUACGCCCAGCACAAAAGGCAGCAGGUGGUGAUGACAGAGCAGCUGGCAAAAACUCACACUAACAUCCACUUCUCCGUCAUGCAUCCUGGCUGGGUGGAUACUCCAGCGGUGGCCAAUGCUAUGCCAGACUUUCAUCAAUCCAUGAAGGACAGCCUGCGGACCCCAGAGCAGGGCGCCGACACAGUGGUGUGGCUGGCUGUCUCUGAGGCUGCUGUCAAAAACCCCAGUGGACGUUUCUAUCAGGACCGGAAGAUGGUGUCCACCCACCUGCCUUUGGCCUGGACCCACAGCUCCCCUCUGGAGGAACAAAAGUUAAUGUCUGUACUGGAGGACUUAGCCAAGACGUUUCAGUCACACUAAGUAGGCAGGAGACCAGUACAACACUAACGCAACAAGUUUACACCGACUGAGGCUGGGCUGAUUUCUUUUUCUUUCUUUUUUUUUAAACAAAACAGAUAAAGUUCCCCAGGUGAUGGACUAAGAAUGAAUCUUCUGUGCUCAUUUAAAGUGGCAGUGCUAUCUGUAGCCACUGGUUUUAAGUAGGAGUGUGAGUACUAAGAUGUAUUUGGGAAUCCCAGCCUCAUAAUGCCAAACUAAAGUCACAGAUGAUGAA